AGAGAAUCCCCUGUUUAAAAGUGAGUGAGAGUGUUAGAGAGACAGUAAUUUUUUUGCUAAAUCUGAGAAACAGGAAUGAUUUCACAAAGCUGCCUGUGUUGUGACUCUAAAUAUUGGAUUAGGUGCCAGCAAAAGAGGAAUUAUACUUUUUAAUGAAAAAAUAUGGCAGACUCUGUAUGUCAUAAACUGAUCCUAAGGGCAAUAUUAAGUAUAUGCUUUCUUAAAUCUGCCUUCAGCUAUGGUUUCAGAAGUUGCACAGAGAUCCCAGAUUCAAACCAUACAAUCUUCAGAUGUAUUAAUCGGCAAGAACCAGAUAUAAUUAACAUUGUAGAUGAUCUGCUUCCCACUGCAACAAACCUCACAAUUUCUCGAUGCAACCUUUCAGAAGUUCAGAAUAGAAGCUUCCAACAUCUGCCUAAUCUGAAUUCUCUGGUACUGGACUAUAACCACAUUGUUAAAGUUCACGAACAGGCUUUCCUUAACCUGACACAACUUCAGACUUUAAACUUGUCCUGCAAUGACAUAUCAUCUCUCCAACAUGUCUUCGAUGACUUGCAUAACCUCACAGAGCUGCUCCUGGGAAACAACAAGCUCAAUAAUAUUGAUACGUUCCUGUUUUCCAAUUUGAUAAACCUGAAGACUCUUGACUUUCGCCGGAACCACCUGAAUAACUUCUCAGUUUUGGUUCAAAGCAUAACAAACCUGUCCAGCUUGACAAAACUGGACCUUUCUUUUAACAGUCUGACAACUCUGCAUCAUUCCACCCGUCUGCCACGGUCGCUUUCCAUCCUCUACCUCAGUUAUAAUAAACUAUACACACUUGAAUGUGACAAGUCUUUCCUAAAAUAUGUCAAAGUGCUUGAUUUGUCAGACAAUAUACGACUUUCAUACAAAGCAUUUCAGGGCCUGAAUUUGAAGCACAUAAAGUUCCUGCACUUACGCUUCACCAACAUCUCUGCUAAAAAGCUUCUUAAUUAUACCAAAGUACCACCUUGGCACAUCGACUUCUCUGGUUUGAAAUUGAAGAAUGAUCAUUCAUUGUCCUCGCUGUGUUUUCUUUUGCAACACCACCACCCUAAUAAGAAACAAUUAUCUAAACUGAUCCUCCAGAGCAAUUCCAUAAGAUUUCUAAAAAACAAUACAUUAUCUUUUUGUCCCAAUGUGACUGAUGUAAUAGACCUCUCAAAGAAUGAGAUUAAGAACACGGGCUGCUUGCAGUUUCUGAAUGGACAGAGCCAACUGAAAAGUCUCAAGAUUGAACAUAAUCAUCUUACCAAACUGCCAUCCUGCAACAAAACAAAAAUUUUUCACAGUCUGAGAAACCUGAGCUAUCGAUACAAUCGUAUUCUACAGGUCAGUGGUUUCGCCUUCAGAAAUACCCCCAAAUUAACAAACCUUGAGCUAAACAUAAACAUCAUUGCCUAUCUAGACCAUAAAGCCUUAAGUGGGCUCAAAGAUCUCAUCACACUCCGUCUAGACAACAACCUCUUGACUGAUGUGUACAACGACAGCUUUAAAGAUCUUAUCAGCCUCAAGACACUUAACAUGCGCAACAACCAAAUAGCUGUGAUUUUCAAUUAUAGCUUUCAUACUCUUUCAAAUUUAACUAUUUUAGAUUUAGGUGGGAACAAGAUCACACAGCUGAAGCCACAUGCAUUUGAUGGGCUUCUUAGCUUGACCAAUCUCUAUUUAGACAGAAAUCGUCUGAAAGACAUUGACAGCAUGCUCUUUGGGAAACUUAAAACCACCCUAAAAGUGCUGGAUUUACAGGCUAACCACAUUCAAUACUAUACAGAACGUACACACUCUCCAUUCAUAAAUCUGACAAAGCUUCUUGAUCUGAAACUUGACGCACAGGAGCCAUAUGGCAUAACCUUGUUGCCUCGUGCAUUUUUUCGUGGCCUCAAAUCUUUAAGAAGUCUUUACCUCACCAACAACCAUAUCUCUGGAUUUGGUGCUGAAACAUUUGAUGACCUAACAAACUUGGAGUUUUUAACUCUGGAUAACUCAUGUGUUGGUAUAGCCCAACUAAAACCCGGUAUUUUCAAAAACCUUAAAAAACUGAAGUUAUUAUUUGUAGAGAACAUGGGCAUUAAAUAUUUCACUAAAGAGGUAUUUGGAAACCUCACAGGACUUAAGGUACUGCAUCUGAAUCGCAAUGCCAUGCUGUCUUUGGACACACACUUACUGGACAAUCUCCCCAAUCUGUCAUAUAUUGAUUUACGUAGUUGUCCUCUCAGUUGUGGCUGCCAAAAUAGUGAUUUACAGAACUGGAUUAAGAGCAACAAGCGACUCCAGUUUCCAUAUCUUUACAAUAUUACAUGCCAAGAUCACCCAGGGUCAUACUUUCACAACUUUGACACCAAUGUCUGUUAUUUGGACUUAGGACUCUAUCUAUUUUCCUCAACUUACGCAUUCACGGUUUUAUUAAUCUUAUUGCCACUUCUCUAUGUGAGACUUUACUGGAAAUUUAAGUACAGCUACUAUGUCUUUCGAUCAUGGUUUGGAGAACAGUGGCGUCGUUUACGGGACCAGGAGGAGAAAUACAAGUAUGAUGCCUUUAUUUCCUAUAACUCAGCAGAUGAAAAUUGGGUAAUGGAACAGCUUUUGCCAAACCUAGAGGGUUCUUUAUUUCGACUCUGUCUUCAUCACCGCGACUUUGAGCUUGGCCGUGAUAUUGUUGACAACAUUGUGGCUGCCGUAUACGGUAGUCGCAAAACAAUCUGCGUGGUCAGUCAGAGCUUCCUUCGCAGUGAAUGGUGCUCUUUGGAGAUCCAGCUGGCCAGCUACCGCCUCUUUCAAGAAAUGGAGGAUGUGCUUUUGCUGGUCUUCCUGGAGCCAAUUCCUGAGCGACAACUGUCCACUUACCACCGUAUGAGGAAGGUCAUGCUUAAAAAGACCUAUUUGCAGUGGCCUGGGUCAAAUUGUUAUGAUCCAGCCAGUGCAAAAGAACUGUUCUGGAGCCAGCUAAAGAGAGCACUAAAGAGCAGCAACACUGGAAGCCAAGAGGAGCAGAAGCUGAAGGAGGAGAAUGAUCAAAGGAGAGAGAGAGUGGGUGUGGGCAUACAUGGAAGAGAAUACUUUGUGAAUCAGACACAAAUAGAUGAUGAAGUAUAUUACCUGAUGCCCUGACUUACUACCUGGAAAUGUAUUUUUAAUCUGUACAGGUUGUUUAUUUGUUUUUUUAAUGCAAUGCCAGAUUCAAUUGCUAAUGUCUUGGUAAAAUCGGGUUAAAAUAUAAUAUUAGGUAAUAUGUACUCUGAAUUACUGCAAAUUCUGCAGUUAUAUAUUAACAAGCAUGUAAUAAUAAUAAUAAAAAUAGAAAAGAUACAAACUCACAGUAAGCAUUGUUGAAAUGUUAUGUCUUUGUGAGGUGAAAAUAUAAUAACUGUGAAACACAACAGGUGAAAUAGCUGAGACAUUUUUACUUUCACAAGAAUCUUGUUACUUUGACUCAUCAUUUCUGUGUGGGAUUGUAGUGGUUCAUUUAGGUAAACAGGAGGGGGAAAAUUCUUCCAGUCUUGUAUCCUACACUUCUUGAUGGAGGCUCCUCUGUCCAAGUCCUACUUAACAUCCUCUUCUAAUAAUUUCGGUGCAUGCCAUAGUUUGGGGAUGCAGAAAGGUCAUUAAACAUUAACUGUUAUACCAAAAUGUAGACAACUUAACCCUAAAAAGGGCAAUCAUAUAAAGGUACCUCUGAAAAUGAAUUAAUUGCUAUUUUUCAAUACAUUAGGGCCCACAUAAUACAGUUCCAUGUUUUUUCCUGAAAUAUUGUUUUUUUUAUUUUAUAGCAUGUAGAAAUCAUGAAAAUAACAUUGAAAAGAUAGGAGCAUUUGCUUCGAGGUCAGCUGCCUUCUCAAAAAAUGCUGCAUUUUUACUUGUAGAUAAAAAUUGUGAGUUGAUGCUGUGCUUCAUAUACACAGUUUCCUGUCCUCAGUAUUUGCAUGGACCCCCUUUUCAAUAUUUUUCACAAAAAUUUGGCCAACUCACUUUCCCCAGCCUCUUAAAUGUUUGUAUACCCCCAGGAUACAAAAACCUUUUUAGGGUAAUAAUCAGGGUUGGGAAGUUUACUUUUAAAAUGUAUCAGAAUACAUGCUGUAAAAUGUAAUUUGUAAUGUAUUGUGUUAGAUUACUCAAAGUAACAAUCUAAAUACUUUGAAUUACUUAUUCAGCACUGUUUUUUCACUGUUUUGACUAUAAAAAUCUGCCAGUACAAUAAGACAAAAUACAGUACACUAAUAUUACAAAUACAAUCUCUGAAAACUGUCCAAAUAUCUUAUGCAGUGUUGCUUCUAAAACAAGAUAAAGUAAAUGUAUCUUGUUCUAAGGAUUUUUAGAUAUACAAUACAAAAAUUCCCAUCAAGAUUUGUAUAUUUGCACUACAUCUUUGCCCUAAUAUCAAAUGUCUUACUAGAGAAAAUAAAAAGAUCUGAAUGUGGAUUUCGUGAUCCAAUUUUUUUUAAUCGUGCCUGGUAGGCGCAUGUAAAAGGGCUAGAAAUAGCAUUUUAGCUUAGCAUAAAUCUAAAUGUUCACAUUACAAUUUACACAAGAUUAAAUCUUUCUGCUGCUCAAAACGAUUGUUUGUAUGUGGAUUCUGUCUUUAAAAGCCGAAACAUAUUUCACGCAAGUACGCAAACGCAGAUGUGAGUGCUUGGCCAACGCAUGUCCAACGUGUGGUCCCGUUGUACAUACAUUACUCGAUUGUAA